UUAGGCUGGCAACGUUUGUGAUUAGCUGCAACAGCUUGAAAUGGCCACUUCAAAUACUGACAGAGUCACCUCGUCUCGCGCUUUCUUAUGGUCGGGCUCUGUGUACGAGCCCAUGAAAAGCAUUAAUCUGCCAAGACCAGAUGAAGAGAGUCUGUGGGAUAAGUUGGACCAUUAUUAUUGUAUAGUCAAGUCAACGCUGUUGGUUUUCCAAAGUCCGACCACCGGUCUUUUUCCCACAAAAACUUGUGGCGACAAUCAGAGAGCAAAGGUUCACGAUAGUCUUUAUUGCGCUGCCUGCGUCUGGGCCCUGGCCCUGGCCUACAGGCGUAUUGAUGACGACAAAGGAAGGACUCACGAACUGGAGCAUUCUGCUAUCAAAUGCAUGCGAGGGAUUCUCUACUGCUACAUGCGCCAGGCUGAUAAGGUUCAACAAUAUAAACAAGAUCCUAAGCCAUCCAAAUGCCUGCAUUCGGUUUUCAACGUUCACACAGGUGAUGAGGUCUUUUCUCAUGAGGACUAUGGCCAUCUGCAGAUAAAUGCCGUAUCGCUCUUCCUGCUCUACCUGGUGGAGAUGAUUUCCUCGGGCCUGCAGAUCAUCUACAACACAGACGAG